UCCACUGUGUAAUUUACCCGAUGAAGCCAGUUACUACGGUACUGUAGUAGUACACCAUUCAGCCGGUGCCUAAUCUCAGCCCUUCAUUCACUGACUCGCUGCACACUAGCAAGGCUGAGACGCAGAAAGACGUUACUGGAUACCUCACCAUGGAUGCAUUAAAAUCAGCAGGGAGAGCCAUCAUUAAGAGCCCCGGAAUACCCAGACACACAUGGGGCACAUCCAAGCAUGAGAAGCUGCCAGAGAAUUGGACUGACACAAAAGAGACACUGAUGGAGGGGAUGGCAUUUAGUGUCAAAUACCUGGGAAUGACCCUGGUUGAGCAGCCCAAAGGAGAGGAGAUGGCAUCGGCUGCCAUAAGGAGGAUAGUUUCCACGGCUAGAGCCAGCGCAAAGAAGUUUCAGAAAGUUACUCUCAAAGUCUCUCCAAGGGGAAUAAUCCUAACUGACACGGAAACAAAUGAACUUAUUGACAACGUCUCUAUAUACAGAAUUUCGUACUGCACUGCAGACAAAGCUCAGGACAAGGUGUUUGCCUAUGUUGCCCAGAGUCAGUUUAAUGAGACACUGGAAUGUCAUGCAUUUCUUUGCCCUAAAAAGAAGAUUGCCCAGGCUGUUACCCUGACUGUUGCUCAGGCCUUCAAAGUUGCACUGGAUCUCUGGGAGACAGCACAAGAAGACAAAAGCAAGAAAGUGCACUCAUGUUGUUCCUGCUCAGCGGUAGAAUCUAUUAGUGGAACAAAAAACCAUUGUGUUCCAGGUGCAGAAAAAACAAAUGGUGGAAGCAACGAAGAACAAUUAAGAAAACCCUUUUUCUCCUCCUCAAUCCACCAGUCCACAUCACAACACAACACCCCGGACCGACGGCCACCUGUCAAACAAGAUUCAUGGGAUGUGGAUGAUGGACUUGAUGAUGCCUUUUCCAGCAAUGUGGAUGAUGCCAGCACAGCCACAGACUGGCAGAGUCCCGGACCAGAACUCAGUGCUCGGAUGCCACUUAGCACAGGAGCACCUUCAUCGGACUGACAGGGGCAGCAUCAGUAUCAAUUACCAGGCACAGUCCCAGAAAACUGUGGUUUACUUGAAUCGCAAUUGGAGAGUAAAAUGGGGUAAAUACGAGGUGAAACUUACCACAGGCACAUUGAUGACAGUUAUAUGUUUCCUUUUUCCACAUUCAGAUAGAGUGUUGGCUCUACCCUAGAACACUGCAGGAUACGUUGACAAGGUGUUCAUGUUUGCCCAGCAGGGUGAAAGUGCAUUAGGGUCAGCAGCUAUGUUCCAUGAAGAAAAUCGCUAUGGAGUAUCAUUUCAGCCCCACCCUUAGAACAACAUCCGCAUUUUCAUUAUGUAUCUGACAAAAUACCUUUCCGUCUCCAUAUAAUAGUAUGAUACAUGAAACCUUUAGCGCAACUACUUGAGAAACAAUAUAAGUUAACCAGAUCUUGCUCCAACAAGGUACUGUACUGCCCAGAGGGGUUUGACACAUAAAACAUCAGCCUCAUACUUACCAUCUAAGCUAUGCAGUUGAAAGACUCUGAUAACUUAAGAUGGCAAUUACUUCACUUCAAGUGGUUAUAGCUAACACAAUAGCUUGCAUGUACACUCACUGAAUAAACCUCACAUGCUCAGUUUUUAAAGAAACACAUAUUCUCUUUUAAAAAUAUAUUUUUGGGUGGUCCCGAGUGACUCACCUGGUAAAAAUGCAGCCGCAGGGUGAGUCAUACAGUGCAGGUUCACGUCCUGGCUGUGCGGAGUCGCCAGUCUUGGCUGGAGAUUCCAAAGGGAGCGUUGCAUUGGCUCUGGCACUCCUGGGGGAUAGGGAAGCUAAACUGGCAGGGACUGCUUCUCCUCAUCGUGCCUCAGUGAACCCUGCUGGCCUGGUGCCCACUGAGCUCAAAAGCAGACACCUGCAGGGCUAUAUAUUAUAUUUUUUGGUAUUAGAUAAGGGUAAAUAAAUAUAUUUUCUAGGCCCAGGUGGUCUUGCACUUCCUUGGUCUUUUCACAAGUGAAGUCAAAUUCUCCCUACUCCUUCUUUCCUGUCAUUAACCAACCAGCUAGUCUAACUCAAGGCAAACUUUAUUUUUUACUUUGUAUAGUCCCAAAAAUGUUUUUAGAAUACGAUUGCUGUAACAUGUUUUCUUUCAGAACUGCACAUUUGAACAACAUGUAGCAUGUAUGCAUUUGUUAACUACAGCCACUUUUGUACUUAAUUGGGUCUUUGUUCAUGCUUAAAAACACUAGUGGACCAUAACUCUCUAAAACGUUUUCUUAGCUAUGUUGUGUGUGUGAAUUGAUCCCUUUGUGGAAACUCACUAUAUUUCACUGCCCAGGAUUCCUUUGCAUGCUCAGAUGCAUUCUUGUUCGAUCCACCACAUCACAAGGAAUUGGUUGACCUUUUUCAAGGUACCAACAUUGUCUUUAGUGCUUGCUUUACAUUGCUUUGAGAAUGCUUCUACUUAUUACCUCAUGUCCAUCUGGCAGAAUUCUAUAGGUGAGGUCUUAAUCCAUCUUUGUUCUAAGGCUGUCAAUAGACAGUCGCAGCACAUCCAACAUUGUACACAAUAUUUAUACUGGCAAACUUUCAAGGAAGUUAUUUAAUGAUGAAUACAGACUUACAAAUGCCUAAAGACCAGAUCAGUAUGUCAUUACACUGGAAAAGAAGACAACUAUCCUAGUGAUGUAACUCCUGGAAAGAUCUGCAUCUAUACAAGGAAGUGGAAGAGAGCAGAUAUUUUACUCUUUCGAGAAAAAACAAAACAAAACAAAAAACAAUUAAUAAUAUAUGUGAUUGUUUAAGUUUAUGUUUUUUAUUUUAAUUCUAUUUAUUUAUAUUGCAGCUGUAAUAGCUGUGAUUCAAUCUAAAAUCAACAGCUAUGUUGACGCUUUGCUCCAGGUAUUCAGUCAGUAUUACUAAGGGGUUUCAUUUUAUCACAGAUUUGUGGUUUUAGUACACAGUUUUAUAAUAGUGUAAUAGUGAAGUAAUAAAUAUGUACUUUUAAGAAGAAAAAAUAAUAUUGCCUGUAUCAUAACAUUAUGAGUAAUUUGUAAAUACAAUAUAAAAUAACUGCAAAUAUUUGAAUUGAAAUUGAAAUAAAAAGUCAAUGAAGCAAAGAAUAAAUGAGCCUCAUCUUCAUCUGAUGGAAAUCUAGCAUUCUUGGAAAAUGUCUGGUCAGUCUAUGCACCAAUUUGGACCAAUCCAAUGUUUGAUGACAUGGCUAAAAAUAAUUUACUGGCAUAGAUUAAUGACAAAUCUAUUCACAAUAAAAUGACAGAUUCGCUUUAUCCCCUGUCUCAGCAGACCAAUCCAUACAUUGGCUUCAAUGGGUUUCCUUCUGGAAUUUCUGGUGACCAGCAACAGCUAGGAAUUUGAGCACACAUAUACUGUACUGGUUUGAUGCUUGCUACAGUGACAACAAUCCAGUAUUUGAGUGUAUAAAUUCGCAUUUACUGAUCCAGCAUAAUCAUCUCAGCUGAGAACUCACGCAAGCACUGUAAAAUAUGUACUGGCCAUUACUGCAAAUUCUAAUGGGGUUAGUUAGUCAUUUUAAGCAACAAUCUUACUGUAUAUGGCUUCCUUAUCUAAGCAACAGCCUCUGUUACCUUAUACACAGUAUUUCGGCAGUCGUUUUUAUAAUUACAAUUUUAUUGCUUUCAUAGAAUAUAUAGCUGAGAUAAAGGUGUAAAACAAGAGUAACAGUAACUUUUUUUAUUACAGCUUCCAUUUUAGAGAAUUUGAAUAGGUUAAAGAAUUCUACACCGUUUAAGAGCAAAAAGUACUGCUCAUUCGAUUUACUCAUCUCGAUCAUCUUGUUUGUGUCAGUCUGAGAUUUCCCUACUCCUGUGGGGUUGUUUGGGCUUCGUUUUUCAUUCACUGUUUAAAGAAAGAAGAUUCGACUCCUUAUAGUUUUGUUUAGAAAUUAUUAUUUUAAUGUUACUGAGGACAAUGGUGAUUAUGCCCUAUGUACAACGAAUGUUAAUAUUAAAGUAAGGGAGGGUAUAUUUAAAUGAGUGUCAGCAUUCUGAUUCCGUCUUGCAUGACUGCUUAUAUCUCUGUUUUUAAAACUUCUGUUUCUUGACUGAAUAAAAAAACACAGAAAUGAUUCCAAUAGUGUUUCCCAAGCUGUACUUAACCCUUUUCAUCUUAACAUAGUAUCUGAACCAUCCAAUUCUUUAUUCCAUUCUAAACUUAGAGGCACGCACACCAUUGCAUUUGUGUGAAUAAAAAGUAGUGAGCUGCCUAAGUGUUUGAUUUACAGUUCCACUUUUUUCAUUAAAAGUUGAACACGUUAACAGCUGUAUCAUUAGUUAACAAAUACUACUCCCAAAGUCAAACCAGUCUUUAAAACAGCACACUAUAUUGCAGUAUCAUUUCAAUAUUAUUCAAUCCAAGGGGCUUUUGCUAAAAUCUAUGCAAAAUCGGAUUUCUACUAACAACAUUGUAAUAAUAGACUUUUUAAAAAACAGAGAACAUGUAAUUACUAGUACUUGUAAAAUGUAAUUUGUAUAUGGGACUUUGACAAUUGUUGAGAUUCAGAUAUGUACAUCAAUUAAAUGGGUUUGUGAAAAUGUCAAAGCUGUGCAGAGUGUUUAUUUUUGAUAGAGAAUUCUACUUUUUAAUACAGUUUAUGGGAGUAUCAUGCGGAGAGGUAGGUUAGAGUCGGAUACAGAAUAAAAAAAAAAAUAUUGAAAUUAAACUGCAGUUUUAGACAUUGUAUACAAACAGCAAGAUUGACAGACUGCAGUUUAAGUGCAAUACACUUGAUUGUAAGUAUAAUAUGAGACCACUGAUA